UUUCAUUUAGUUGUCGAAGUUACUAAGCUCAGCUGGCAUUCAGUUUUUUUUUGAUACCAAUAGCAAAAUCAUGUCUGUGUUACGAAACAUUUAUGGAGGUCUUAAAGUUAGCCAAGGACUUCUUAGCAAUAAACAUUUGAUGAAAUAUAGUACAGCAGCAUCAUAUGAAUAUAUUAAAACUGAUGUGGUCGGAGAAAAGAAAAAUGUUGCUUUAAUAACAUUAAAUCGACCAAAAGCAUUAAAUGCUUUAUGCGAUGGCCUUAUGACAGAUGUUGCAAAUGCUAUUGCAAAGUUUAAUCAAGAUGAAUCGAUUGGAGCAAUUAUUCUUACUGGUUCGGAAAAAGCUUUUGCUGCCGGUGCAGAUAUUAAAGAAAUGCUUAAUAAUACUUUAGCUUCAAAUUUAAAAACCAAUUUUUUGGGUCACUGGACUAAAGUUGCAGAAAGUAAGAAACCGGUUAUCGCUGCUGUUAAUGGAUAUGCUCUUGGAGGUGGUUGCGAAUUAGCAAUGAUGUGUGACAUAAUCUAUGCUGGAAACAAAGCGAAAUUUGGACAACCGGAAAUUGCAAUUGGUACAAUACCUGGAGCCGGUGGUACUCAACGUUUAACUCGUGCUGUUGGAAAAUCGAAGGCAAUGGAAAUUGUCUUAACUGGAAAUCAUUUUGGUGCUGAAGAAGCUGAAAAAAUGGGUCUUGUGAGUAAAGUGUUUCCACCAGAAGAAUUACUUCCACAAACUAUCAAAUUAGCUGAAAAAAUUAGUUCACAUUCACAAAUAAUUGUACAACUUGCUAAGGACUCCGUUAAUAGAGCUUAUGAAACAACUUUACGUGAAGGUUUAAAUUAUGAACUUAAACUGUUCCAAACCACUUUUGCAACGGAGGAUCGUAAAGAAGGUAUGACAGCAUUUACUGAAAAACGUGCACCCAACUUUAAGAACCAGUAAGCUUCUUUGGAUAAAGAUAUGAAUUUAUGUAAUUGUUACAAAAAUUGUUUUUGGAAAAAAUAUGAAUAUAAUUGUUUUGUACUUGAAUUUUUACUUAAAUAUAUAAGAAACUAUUUUACUAAAUGCUUA